UAUACAGCCUAAUACACGCUCAGAAUUUCCUUGCAACCUUUUCUUCCCAAAUAGCUCCACCCCUUUUCUCUUCACUGUUUCCUUUUUCAUGCUUUUGCAAUUAAUUGGUGCCAACUCCUAUCUAUUCCCAUACUUCUCCCUCUCCACUUCUCCUUUUCUCUUUCUGAAAAAGAUAGUACAAUUUUGACAGGAGAUUACUCUUCACUUGUAAGGCCAUGGCACAUUCUUGAUCCCAUCUCUCACAAUACUUGAAUAUCAGUAAACUAAGUUGAAGCUGUGCGUUUAUCAGUUCACGCCUUGUUAAGUGGCAAUACUUUGACCAAGAUAAAAUAGAACAUUGUUUUCUGCAUAAGGUGGAAUCGCUGUUUGCUGCAUUGGAUGCUUGCGAGUUUGACAGUUUUUUGCUUAGGUGAUACAAUCUGAUCCGUGAACCUGGUGAGAUCCAGAAAAUUUCUUUAGUUGUGGAUCAGAUGGUCUGUUUGUGGGUCUGAGUAAAUGGGGGGUUGUGUCUCUACCAGUAGUCGGAGUAGUUGUAGUAGCAGGAGCAACGGAGAAAGAGUUUCCCCUGAAUGUUUGGGAAUAAGGAUGUUUACUCGAAAGAGGAUUAGAAGAACUUUUUCUGAUCCUGUCACCACAUUGCAACAUUUGUCUUCAAUACCUAAUCGGAUAUUCAAAAAUGGAAAGAGCCGGACUUCUUGCAUAUUUACUCAACAGGGACGGAAAGGCAUAAACCAGGACGCCAUGAUUGUGUGGGAAGAUUUCAUGGCUGAAGAUGUGACCUUUUGUGGGGUAUUUGAUGGCCAUGGUCCACAUGGCCAUCUUGUUGCUCGCAAAGUAAGGGAUGCACUGCCGUUGAAGCUAUCAUCAUUUUUGCAAUCAUUUGACUCGAAACGUAAUGGUGCUACUGCGAAUUGCUGCAAUGGUAAUCCAAAGUUGGAUGUGGUGGAUCCUGACAAGGAUGGAGAGAUGGAGGAUAAAGUGGAUAACUUGUGGAGAGAAGCUUUCCUUAAAUCAUACAAGGCCAUGGAUAAAGAACUAAGGUCCCACCCUAAUUUAGAUUGCUUUUGCAGUGGGAGCACGUCUGUUACUUUGGUGAAACAGGGUUCAAAUCUUUUUAUGGGCUAUAUUGGUGAUUCUCGGGCAAUCUUGGCAUCAAAGGACAAUAAUGAUUCAAUGAUAGCAGUUCAAUUGACUGUUGAUCUGAAGCCCGAUUUACCAAAGGAAGCUGAGAGGAUAAAACGAUGUAAAGGUCGGGUUUUUGCAUUGCAAGAUGAGCCUGAGGUGCAGAGAGUGUGGCUGCCAUUUGACGAUGCCCCUGGUUUAGCAAUGGCUCGGGCAUUUGGGGAUUUCUGCUUGAAGGAAUAUGGUGUGAUUUCUGUUCCAGAGUUUUCUCACCAUAUUCUUACCGAAAGGGACAAGUUCAUUGUUCUAGCAUCUGAUGGGGUUUGGGACGUCUUGAGUAAUGAGGAAGUGGUUGAGAUAGUGUCAUCAGCUCCUACACGAGCAUCAGCUGCCAGAAUCCUGGUUGACUCAGCUGCACGCGAAUGGAAAACCAAAUAUCCAACAUCAAAGAUGGAUGAUUGUGCAGUUGUUUGUCUAUUCUUGGACGGGAAAAUGGACAUUGAAUCCGAUAACGAGGAUCAGUGUUUCUCUUCUGCCACACUACAGAGCAACCAUUCUGGUAAUGCUGUGGAAUCAGACGAUGGACAGAAUUCCGAGCCAUCUCUGCAGAGAAACUUUACUGUCAGAUCAGCUGAAGAGAACAGCGCGUACAAACGAAUUAUAGCAGAAGCAGACGCAAAUCAAGAAACCGUGGCAACUGAAGAUCAGAACUGGUCAGGAUUAGAAGGUGUCACUCGGGUAAACUCCCUGGUUCAGCUUCCAAGAUUUUCUGAAGAGAGGCCUAGACCCUGACCUUGUUAUUCAAUUAUAUUUGUUGUGAUAUAAAUUUGUUUCUGAAAAUUGAAGGAUAUAUAAUUUUGCUGCAGAAUCCUAGUCAGUAGUCUGUUAUGUUUAUGAUGCAUUUGGGGUUCGGUUUGUGCACUUGGUUAAAGUUUAACUGUAAAGUCUAAUUUUCUUUAAGAUAUUAUCAUACUAGGAGUGAUAUA